CUCACUUUUGUUUACUAGGCUUGUGGAGAGAUCUCAGCUCGAAAAAUUUCAUUGUUUGUUUGGGAAGAAAGGAGAAAAAGAGGAUGGGAAUAGGAAGAGGAGGAAGUGGUAGAAUAAGAUUUAUCAUAAGGAAGAAGAUGGUAAUGGUUUGUACUGGAUGGUUAUUGUUAAUAAUGGUAACAAUUGGAAAGGGAGAGGAGCUUCAUAAGGUGGGAAAUUCACAAGGAUGGACCCCUAAUCAAAACUACACUCAUUGGUCCUCUUCUCACCAUUUCUAUCUUGGUGAUUGGCUUUAUUUUGUGUUCGACAAACGGUAUUACAAUGUAUUGGAAGUGAACAAAAGGAGUUUCGAGGACUGCAACGAGAAGGACUUCAUAAAGAACAUCACAAGAGGUGGACGAGACGUGUUUCAGCUGACAGAGUUGCAUCCAUACUUUUUCAUUGGCGGUGGCGGGUACUGCUUCCAAGGAAUGAAACUCGCCGUCUACAUGUCGACAGUUGAUCAUUCCGCCCCAGCUCCGUCGCCUGCAGGCUCUAACAAAAGUGGUGGUGCAUUCCUAUCAAAUAAUCCCACCCUUUGUUGUUCAAUUUUGAAUGCCCUUCUGCUUUUUGUAGCCAUUUUCUUUCUCGGUGGUUAACUAAGAUUGAAUGGCACUGAAAGCGCCUAAAUUCUCUCUUUUUGAACCUUUGUUUGAUUUAGAGGCUUUGGUUUUGAAUUUAGGAAGUGAAUCUCUUAUUCAAUUUGUUUGGUUUGUUGUCUGCUUUUAAGCUUUGGCUUUAUAUAUAUAUAUAUAGAAAAAAAACUUUGAGAAAAUUUUUAUGUAUUUAUAUGUAAUUGCAUUGA